AUGAUGUCCGUUGUGAUGCGGGUCGUCCCCGGUGGCCCGGUGCUCUACUACAAUAGCCAGGACCACAAACUCAUUAGUACGACGGAUCCCAACUACGACGAGAACCGCUGUCGCUUGACCAACACAAACCCAUUGAUGGGCGUCGUCGUCCAAGGCCUGGCCCCGAACACGGAGUACGAGGUCAACGUCCUGGGAGUCAACGGCUUCGGCUGGGGUCCCGCGUCGCCACCGGUGAAGUUCAAGACUCUGCGGAGCGAGGUCGAGGUGACGGGCGUCCAGACGCAGGACGAGCGCGACGAGGAGGCGAAGAAGCGUGCGGUCGACGUCGACGCCGCCGACGAGCCCGAGGCGAAGCGCGCGAAGUAG